AUGUUUUUCUGUUUACUAUCGUUUCUUAGUUUCGCGACCGCAAGUGUUAUUGUUGAGGAGUUGGUGCUUUAUAUCCCCCACACUUCCUCCAGAUAUUAUACAAUUGAAAUUGACAUGUAUAUGGGUCCAUUCGAGCUCAACACUACGUUUUCCUACCUUAUGCUUGACAAACAUAACGAGAAAAGAGCCUUGCAUGGGACAAAGAAGCUACGCUGGUCAACUGAAACAUUCGAAUACGCUGCCAAUUACUCACAAUACUACAACUGCUCGGGAAUUCUAGAGCACUCGUAUGGUAAAUAUGGGGAAAAUUUGGCUUAUGGAUACCCGCCUGAGGGAGCUAUCGAUGCUUGGUACGAUGAGGGAAAGACAUAUGUUUACGGAACCGAGGAUGUCUACAAUCAUUUCACAGCCAUGGUUUGGAACAAUGUCGAUUCUGUUGGAUGUGCGUAUAAACGAUGCCCAAACGAUGUACUUUACAUCAUUUGCAGUUAUGAUCCUCCUGGGAAUGUCAUUGGUUACUCUUCUGAAAAUGUUCUCCCACUAAAGGUGAUCACAUAA